AGGGGGAAACCGGAAGAAAACACAUCGACAAAUGUUCCUGCACGUGAUUUAGCCAGUGAUUUUCUACAUGAUUUUAUUUAGCCAUAAAGUGUAUAUUUAGCCUUUUUUACUGACCGAAAUGUCAGCUGUCCCUCAACAAGACUUGAUUGAGCAAUGGACAAGUGAGCAGGCCAGGCUGAAGGAGCAGCUGGUGGAAGGGGAUACAGAGGAGUGGCAGAGGGACUUCAAGGGCCUGGAGAGGGUGGGUGGAGUGGACCUGUCCUUCAUCAAGGGAGAUGACAUCAACGCCUGCGCCCAGCUGGUUGUGCUUAGCUUCCCAGAGCUAGAGCUCCUGUAUGAGGACUGUCAGAUGGUGACCCUCAGUGCCCCCUACGUCGCUGGGUUCCUGGCGUUCCGCGAGACGCCGUGUCUGCUGGAGGCCUUGCAGCACCUGGAGAGGACGCAGCCCAGCCUGAUGCCCCAGGUGGUCUUUGUGGAUGGAAACGGACUGUUCCACUACAGAGAGUUCGGUGUUGCCUGCCAUCUGGGAGUGCUCUGUGGUUUGCCCUGCGUGGGUGUAGCCAAGAACCUGCUGCAGGUCCAGGGUGUCAUCAGGAGCGAGGAGCACCUCUCCCAGAUCAGUGAGCUGAAGAAGGGCGGUGACUCGUUCCCCCUGAGAGCAUCGUCAGGGAGGGUCCUGGGGGAGGCCCUGCGCAGUUCAGACGCGAGCACCAAACCCGUCUACGUGUCGGUGGGCCACCGCAUCAGCCUGGACACCGCCAUGCGCCUGACACGCCGCUGCUGCAGAUACAGAGUCCCAGAGCCCAUCAGACAGGCGGACAUUCGCUCCCGAGAGUACCUGCGCACACACUUCCCAUCUGCGGACACCUGUGGAUAGAGGUGGCAGGGCCCGGGAAGUGUUUCUACUCUGAGUCUGCUCCGCACGGAUCUGCACCGCACAGCACGGAGGCCAGCCAGUGAAGUGUGUGCAACAAUGCGUGUGUGUGCCUGUGUGUGCCUGUGUGUGUGUGUCAGUGUGCGUGCGUCAGUGUGUGUGCGUGUGUG